UUUCAAAAGCGGGUAAUGCGAAAAAGGGCAAGUUGAACCUUCAGUCGUUCGUCGCCAUCUGAACAAGGAACACCGAUAAACUACACCUCAAUUAUCCUCUAAUAAUCUUUAACAUUCCACUUAGGUUUUUAAAGCCUGCAGAGCAGCUGGUCGUCAUGGAAGUGGGUCGGCGGUCUGAUAAUGGACAAAUACGAUGGGAGACUAAUGGGAAUGCAGUUUCCCUAAAGAAAAUGGCCAAAUCUCCGCCCGAGUGUGUGAAUACACCAGUUCUUCCCACUGAUCCACCGGGAAAUGACCUUCGUCGUACAGACGCAACUGCCACAUCGCUACAUCAAGUUAAAGCCGAGCAAGUGACAACGAAAAGUGAUAUAAUCGAUGAACUGCUUGAAGCGUUCCAACGGAAAUGGAUGACCUUGCGAUCCAACAAAGGGAGAGUUCAAUCCACUACAAUUUGGAGAAAUGGUGAGCGCGUCAACUAUGUCAAUACGCCUCAUGUGAUUGCCCUCGUCGGUUUACCUGCUCGCGGAAAAACUUACAUGGGUAAGAAGUUGAGUCGCUACCUGAACUGGAUUGGCAUCAACACCAAAGUUUUCAAUUUGGGAGAGUACCGCCGUCAAGCCACUGAAGCCUACAAGAGUCAUGACUUUUUCCGUCCUGACAACACGGAAGCGAUGGCGUUGCGUGAACGGGUCGCCAUGGAUGCGUUAGAGGAUGCAUGCGAAUGGAUCGAAAUUUCUGGUGGCGAAGUGGCAGUUUUUGACGCGACCAACACGACACGUGACCGACGCCGUAUGAUCCAUUCCAUCGUAGUGGAGAAAAUGGGCUACAAGUUGCUCUUUGUCGAAUCGAUUUGUAAUGACCCCAAAAUUGUACAGGCCACUAUAAAAGAGGUUAAAGUCAACAGUCCCGACUACAAGGAUGUCGAAAAUGAAACAGUGCUCAACGACUUCCUGUUGCGCAUUCAACAUUACGAAGCUCUGUACGAGCCGUUGGAUGAAAUACUCGAAUCUCAUUUCAGUUUCAUGAAAGUUUUUAACACUGGGGCCAAAGUGUUGGUGCAUCGUCACGAGGGUCACAUUCAGAGUCGAGUUAUUUACUAUCUCAUGAACAUUCACAUUCUUCCGCGCACAAUUUAUCUGACUCGCCAUGGCGAGAGCUGUCACAACCUUCAAGGGAAGAUCGGCGGAGACUCUGACUUGUCUGAAAAAGGAUGGAACUACGCCAAAACCCUUGGCGAUUUCGUCAAAAAACAACGCAUCCGUGAUCUCAAAGUAUGGACGUCAUGGAUGAAGCGGACCAUUCAAACGGCCAGCUAUAUCGAAGCGCCUCAAGAGCGCUGGAAGGCUCUCAACGAAAUCGACGCUGGCAUUUGUGAGGAAAUGACGUACGAAGAAAUCGAGAGCAAGCAUCCAGACGAGUUCUGCAACCGAGAUCUGGACAAAUUCCAUUAUCGUUAUCCACGAGGCGAGUCUUAUGAGGAUCUCGUCGCUCGCCUAGAGCCCGUCAUCAUGGAACUUGAGAGGCAAAAGAAUGUACUUGUCAUCGGACACCAGGCUGUGCUGCGCUGCCUCUUGGCCUAUUUCUUGGAUCGUACUGCAGAUCAACUGCCGUACAUUGAAGUGCCUCUUCACACCAUAAUCAAGUUGACGCCGGUAGCUUACGGCUGUAAAAUGGAAGAAAUCCGCAUGCCGAUUGAGGCCGUCAACACCCAUCGGGCUAAACCGGCAACCUGUCCUAAUACGUCCACUCAAGAGGACCAAUAGCACAAAAAAAUUUAAACAAAAUGUAUAACGCUAGUUGCAUCUACACCAAUUUUCGGGUUUCAUGAGUGCUCCAUUAGUAUAGACGAGAAAUUUUAAAAAAAAAGAAAAGGGAGCCUUGAAGUGCCAUUCCAUAAUAACCGAAAAACACACACACUCACACACGCACACACACACACAAUAAGUCUAUUUCCGAACCCCGACUAUUUCCUAAAAACAAUCCUCACCCUCUCUUCCUUUCAUUCCUCGUGUCUUCAAACAUUGCCACUUACUAGCACAAUAAAAAAAACAAGUCGAAUACCCAAA